AUGGCAGACAUCGUGAACCUGUUUGAAGUGGAGCCGGGCCAGAAGCUGCGGCUGUAUAGCGAAGCCACCGCCGAGGUGGUCUCCAACCCUCGUGACGGCGUGUGGCUGUUCGUGCGCUACCUGACCAGUCCCGAGGACCCUGACCAGGUGAACAUUUCCGGCGGCGCGCCUCCGGCGGUUCCUGAGGCCGAUGAUAUUCUGGCCGCGCUGCGGGCCGGCUACCGGUCCAUUGACGAAGGCUACGGGUUCUAUCCCGGUUUCGACGGUUGGUUGGCGUCUCUCGGUUACCAGAGGCGGGAAGACAUACCCUGCACCUGUCCCGACCGCGGCUACCGGGGCCACCUCCCGGAGUGCCGCUGGGUGCGAUGA